GUAAAGCCAAAGUCUGAACAGCUGGUUGUUUUUAAAAAAUGGACAAAGACCUUCAAACAUCUGUGGCCACGUUGGAGAUUAAACUGCCUCAAAACAAAUCUCAUUUAAAAGAAACACAACUGGACAUCACCGCUUAUGAGCUGAAGACACAGAUCAAAAAAGAACAUGGUAUACAGGACUUUGAUCUCAUUUUUAAGGGAAAAAAGUUGUCCUUUGAGAAAAGACUUGAUGAGCAGAAUGUGAAGAACAAAAGCAGGAUUAUGGUGCUACCCGUGUCUUCUAAGAAUAGGAAGGACUUGUUAGAGUACGAGAAAGAAAAGCGCUCUGCAGAUGAAGGAGUGCAGAGAACCCAUAGAGGAAUGCAGAUUUUGUCAGAAAGACAAAGUACUGAGGAACCAUCCACCACUCCAUUCCUGGAGAUCACAGAUCAGGAAGGAAAUACGCUUCAGAUUCCUGACAGAGAUAAAAAGGCUCUCAUGAUGGCGAUGGGUUUUAAUGAAAAAGGUCGAGCACUGAUGAAGAACAAAGAGUACAAGCUUGCUAUAUCUUAUCUGGAGAUGGCUGAAAAUCAGUUUAAACAGUGCGACCCCACAAUUCUCAAUGCGCUGGAUAAUUUAGCAAUUCUUCAGCUUGACAUUGUGUGGUGUUACCAGAGACUGAAUGAGAGAGACUAUUUAAAUGAAGCUGAACAAAGACUGCAGAAUGCAGAGAAAUGUUUGCAGAAAUGUUACGGAAUUCAGCACAGCAGACUGCAGCAGAUCAAGAAGCAUACAGGAGGAGAGGACGUGCUGUUAUUGAGGUUGUAUCUUCUUCAGAGUUGCGUGGCCUUUCACAGCCACAAUAAGAAGCAAGCAUCUGGUCUGCUUGACAAAGUCCAGGAUCUGUACAACCAGCUGCGUGUUGACCCAGAGAAUCUAAACCAGCUGACUCGGACAUGGAAUUUCACUGAUCGGGAAGCUCGCCUGGGUUUAAGAGCGUGUCGAGGAAACAUCAAUGAGGCGGUGUGGUACCUGACACUGAGGAAGGAGAAAGAGAGCGAGUGGUGGAGACGACAUCUGCAAGACGUAAACACACUGGUGGAGUUUGGUUACAGUAGGGAAGACGCAGCUAUAGCUUUGCGUUAUGCUAAUGGAGAUUUAGACGAAGCCUUCAGGAUUCUGUUAGAUCGUGCUGUGGGUGAGAUGGGUGUGACUGAUUCAUCUCUGAGACUGAUCGAGGACCUGACACAGAGGAAGAUGAGAGAAAGUGAAAAGAGAAGACAUCUGCAGGACGUAAACAGACUUGUGGAAAUGGGUCACAUUAGGGAAGACGCUGCUGUAGCUUCGUGUUACGCUGAUGAAGCCUCCAGAAUUCUGUUAGAUCAUAAGGAGGGGCAGAUAUCAGGCACAACGAAUGAGAUGACAGAAGAGCCUGACCCACCAUCAGUUUCAAUGUCCCCAGAUGAGGAGCUAGCGAAUGAGAUUUUAAAAGACAUUCCCAGACAUGUAGAAGAUUAUAUGGACCUGACACUGGAGGAGGAGCAGGAAUUAAUGAUAUCCCUCCUAUCUGAACUGGACAAAUGACCCUCCAGAAGAAUCCUUACAGGUGGAGAGGAGUAAUAUUAGCUUAUAGAGAAUAUAUAUUUAUUAAGGUUACUGUUGCAUGUUACGUAAUAUUUCUUUGAAAUAACACUAAAUGAGAAAAGUAGUCAAAAAAUGUCUUUAUUAUUCGUUCAUAAAUAUAUAGCGAUAAAUAUUGCAUAUGAUGUACUAGCUUAAACCAGCUAGUGAAAUAUUGCGGUUAUAACAUUCUUAACAAAUUUUUAUGUAGUUUCACAAAAUUUUAGUUGGUCUAUGGUUUAAUGUAAUAACAUUUGUGUUAUAAUCGGCCUCACAAUGGCUACAUUUUAAAAUAUUUUAUUUUUAGCUACUAUGAUUCAUAAUGUGAUUAAUUUUUCAUUCCUGUCAUUUGAAGAACAUAGUUAGAAGAUGUAAUGUGUUUUGGGGUUGUUUAACAUCAUAUAUAAAGUUAAUUUACAAAGUUAAUUUAAAAGCAAUGAGCAGUUUUACUUCAUUAUACAUUUUAUGUACAUUUUCAUUCAUAAAUCAGAUCCAAAGGGAAUACGUUAAUAAAUGUGCAUA